CUCGAUAUUUGUUUGUUGGCCCGUGGUUCUGUGUGAGAGAGAGCAGCAGGAGGAAGACUGGUGCCUUUCUUUAGAGCUGACGGGGGACGGACAGAUAACAAUACCGAAUACGUGGUCAUACCCGAUUCACUCUGCUUCUGAGUCGCGCCGGUCAAUAAAAGUUCACUUUUGGAAGACGUAAAAAUGGGGAUCCGCAAAAAGACCAACAAGAACCCACCGGUGUUGAGCCAUGAGUUUAUCAUCCAGAACCAUGCAGAUAUUGUUUCCUGUGUUGCUAUGGUGUUCCUCCUCGGGUUGAUGUUUGAGGUCACCUCGAAGGUUGCAGUGCUGUUCAUCACUGUCCAAUACAACGUUACAAUCUCUGCAAACGAGGGCCUGCCAGAGGAGAGCGUGGUGAACCACUUCCACCACGGUCUGAAGGAUGUGGCUACAGUCUUCUUCUACAUGCUGGUGGCCAUCAUUAUCCACGCCAUCAUUCAGGAGUAUGUACUGGACAAGAUCAACCGGAAGAUGCACUUCUCUAAGACCAAGCACAGCAAGUUCAACGAGUCGGGCCAGCUCUCUGUCUUCUACCUGUUCUCCUUCGGAUGGGGAACCAACAUCCUCAUGUCGGAGAACUUCCUGUCCAACCCAGUGAAUCUGUGGGAAGGCUACCCUCAUACCUUGAUGCCGUUCCAGAUGAAGUUCUUUUUCAUCUGUCAGAUGGGCUACUGGCUUCACGCUCUCCCCGAGCUCUACUUCCAGAAGACCAAGAAAGAGGAUAUUCCUCGUCAGUUGGUGUAUAUCGCUCUGUACUUGGUCCACAUCGCAGGAGCCUACAUCCUCAAUCUGAAUCGUCUGGCUCUGGUCCUGCUGGUGUUACACUGCUUUGUAGAGCUUCUCUUCCACGUGUCCCGCCUGGUCUACUUCAGCAACGAGAAGAGACAGACUGGGUUCAGUGUCUGGGCAGUAGUGUUUGUUCUUGGACGGCUGCUCACCCUGUGUGUGUCUGUCCUGACUGUGGGUUUCGGCCUGGCCAACGCUGAUCAACAGGUACUGGACCUGGCCAACGGAAACUUCAAUGUACUCUUCGUUCGGAUCACUGUGCUGGCGACCAUCUGUGUGACUCAGGCCUUCAUGAUGUGGAAGUUCAUCAACUUCCAGCUGAGGAGGUGGAGAGAGCAGGCCCAGGCCCAGCCCGUGAAACCCAAGAAACCCCAAGCUCCCAAGAGCAAGUCCAAGAAAGAAAAAGCCAAUGGAAUGAACGGAGUAAGUUCCAACGGAGCUGAUUCGCCGAGAUCAAAGAAAGAGAAGUCCUCAUAAAGUCCCCCCUCUACCCCUCCUACCCCUACCCACCCCCAAAAGACUCCCCUUUAUCCUGUCCCCCUCCUACCCCUACCCACCCCCAAAAGACUCCCCUUUAUCCUGUCCCCCUCUACCCCUCCCCACCCCAAAAAGACUCCCUUUUAUCUUGUCCCCCUCCAACCCCUCCCCACCCCAAAAAGACUCCCUUUUAUCCUGUCCCCCUCAACCCCUCCCCACCCCAAAAAGACUCCCUUUUAUCCUGUCCCCCUCCAACCCCUCCCCACCCCAAAAAGACUCCCUUUUAUCCUGUCCCCCUCCAACCCCUCCCCACCCCAAAAAGACUCCCUUUUAUCCUGUCCCCCUCAGGCUGCACCGAGCCUUCUCAUGCCACUGAUCUAGCUGUUGUUAACAGCCCAAUCCCAAAUCCCCCCCUAGACCCUAUGCCAGGGAUCAGGCCAAGUUUUUUUUCUUUUCUUGAGUAGAUGGUCAGGGGGCCGGAGCAUAAUUACAAAUAAUUUGAAGACUUCAAAUUGACCGCAAAGAAGCCCAAACUGAUAGAAUAUUUGACUAAAACAUAAUCAUUUCAAACCUUGCUUACGUUUGUAUACAAUCACUUUGGAACAUAUUUCUAAAAUUUAAAAUUACUUGGAGCUGAUUGGCUGGUGUUUCUAGUCUUAUUUCCAACAAUAAAAACUUUUUGAUUUUUUUUUUUCAACUAUGGGCCUCCAGUUGGGGAACCCUGGCCCCCCCCCCCCCCCCUAAGCACUUCUGAAGAUCAACAUGUAUUGAAUUGGUAUAAGCAGUAUGGGGAAACUUCAACCCAGAUCUUAUCUGAAGGACUACAGCUCCUCCCAGUAGGACUACAAACUCCACAAUGCAUCUUAGCUUUAUCUGCUCCUUGACAAUCUCAAGUGAUCCCGAUUUUUCCCAUAUUGUCACGUGCCAUUACUACAGAGAAAAAAAGUACAAAAAUAAAAUAUAUAUAUAACUUAUUUAAGUGCCUAUUGAUACAGAUUGUUUUGUACAGUUUUAAAAUUUCAGGAAUGAUGGAGAAAAAAAAAAUCAGUGUUUUCAUCUGUUUCUAAAGUCAAACAUUUCAUAUGCCAUUUUUUUUUUCAACAUUUUUAUUUAUCCGACUGUAUACUGUAUGACAUUCUGUUUCUUUAACAAAAGGGCUUCUUGAAUUCAUUCCCAUCUGUUUGGAAUCACUAGCAGAGAAACUCCAUGCCCCUGCCUACUUUCACUCAGUCUGUAUCAGAGGUUUAGUUACAUCGUUUUUUUUAAAAUUUUCCAGUAGUUGAAAUGGCUUCAUUCCCCCUUGUUUCCUUUCCUUCAUCAACACAAGGGUUACUAGACUGGAUAGGAUUCAUUAGUUUCCACCAUAGUGCUUUAACCUACCAGUUUGUGUGUCCCAAAUACCAUCUUAUUCCCAAUAUAGUGCUUCACUUUUGACCAGAGCUGUAUUGAUCCUGGUCAAAAGUAGUGUACAACAUAAGGAAUAGGGUCCCAUUUGAGUCCCAGACAUUAUCUCAGGACACUGGCAGUGAGAACGCAGGGACAGGGAACAAGGAUAGGAAGGCCAUUCUAGAGAAUUUUGAGUUUUAAUUUACUUUUCAAGCCUUUUGCGUUGGUGCUGUAAAAAAAACAAAAAAAACGUCCCAGGCCCUGUUUUACGUCUCUGUUUUAAUGCUUCCUUCCUGUGGUCUUUCCUUUGUUCCUGAAGCAAUCGCUGAUCCAACGUGGUUGGAUAGGGCUGUUUACCCCAAUCCAGCCAAUGGCAGGAUCAGUGGUCACUCUGUGGAGAGAGGAAGCAAUUAUUGAUGUUCAUCCUAAAUGUCUCCCUAUAUAUAUAUAUAUAUAUAUAUAUAUAUAUAUUAGUGCACUACUUAUGAUCACAGCCCAUUGUGUCUCUGUACACUAUAUAGGGAAUAGGGUGCCAUGACCACUGCCCAUGUAUGAGUGCCAUUUGGGAUACAACCGUGGAGUUGUUGGUUUAGAGAUAAUCUAGAGUGCCUACCAAGGCACUGAAAGGAUAUGUUCCCUAUAUCUCUCUCUUUUCAGAUCUACAUGAAGGUUGUGAGCUAAAUGGCACCCUAUUUCCCUAAUAUAGUGCACUACUUUAGACUAGGACUCUGGUGUAAAGUAGUGCACUCUAAAGACAAUAGGGUGCCAUUUGGAGAUGUAGACCUUGUAUUUAUGUCUCCUUUGAAAAUGUCCAUGAGAAUAUAAUUUGUUGUUGAAGACAUUAUGGAUAAGGAAAUGUUCCGUUCUGUUUUAUGCCCCCCCCCCCCUUUAAUUUUAACUGAACGUGCCAAAUGCUUGUUCUCCUCAUGAAACAUGGCAUAAAACCCACCGUGACUCUUUUACUUUCAUUUAACAUGCCCACGUGUUGCCAUUAAAAAUAAUUUACACAAAGAAA